CGCCCCUCGCUGCCCUCCUUCCCCCCCGCCCGCCUCUCCGCGCAGCCAGAGAAGAAACAAAGUGCUGCGGGCGGGAGACUCAGCGGCGGCUGCGCGGACCUGCUCGGUCUCCCGGUCAGCCUCCCCUCCCUCCUUCCCGCGUGUGCGUGUGUGCGUGUUUUCUUACAAAGGACAUUUUACGAUCGAUUGAUUCGUAGCGCUUCCCCUUUGCCCUUUGUGCUGUAACCCGCUGCCGCCAUCCCAGGUGCUUCUCCCUCCCCACGCCGAUCUCUGUACGCGAGUGCGGUUCGCCAGUUUGGGCUUUCUGUCCCGGCUUCGCCGCUGCAGCCUCUUCUUGUGCCGGUGCUGCCCGCUGCCUCAUCGCUGUGCUCUCCUCGCCGCUCGCCAUGGCGACCGCGACCCCCGUGCCGCCGCGGAGUGGCAGCCGCGCCGGCGCCCCCAGCACGCCGCUGAGUCCCACGCGGCUGUCGCGGCUGCAGGAGAAGGAGGAGCUCCGCGAGCUCAAUGACCGACUGGCCGUGUACAUCGACAAGGUGCGCAGUCUGGAAACAGAAAACAGCGCGCUACAGCUGCAGGUGACGGAGCGCGAGGAGGUGCGCGGCCGCGAGCUCACCGGACUCAAGGCGCUGUACGAAACCGAGCUGGCUGACGCGCGACGCGCGCUAGACGACACGGCCCGAGAGCGCGCCAAGCUUCAGAUUGAGCUGGGCAAGUUCAAGGCCGAGCACGACCAGCUGCUCCUCAAUUAUGCUAAGAAAGAAUCUGAUCUGAAUGGUGCCCAGAUCAAGCUUCGAGAAUAUGAAGCAGCACUGAACUCUAAAGAUGCAGCUCUGGCUACUGCCCUUGGCGACAAAAAAAGUUUAGAGGCAGAUUUAGAGGAUCUGAAGGAUCAGAUUGCCCAGUUGGAAGCCUCUUUAUCUGCUGCCAAAAAACAGUUAGCAGAUGAAACUUUACUUAAAGUGGAUUUGGAGAAUCGAUGUCAGAGCCUUACUGAGGACUUGGAGUUUCGUAAAAACAUGUAUGAAGAGGAAAUUAAUGAGACAAGAAGAAAGCACGAAACACGCUUGGUAGAGGUGGAUUCUGGACGUCAGAUCGAGUAUGAAUACAAGCUGGCUCAAGCCCUUCAUGAGAUGAGAGAGCAACAUGAUGCCCAAGUGAGGCUAUAUAAGGAAGAGCUUGAGCAGACCUACCAUGCCAAACUUGAGAAUGCCAGACUGUCCUCAGAGAUGAAUACUUCUACUGUCAACAGUGCCAGGGAAGAACUGAUGGAAAGUCGAAUGAGAAUUGAAAGCCUUUCAUCUCAGCUUUCUAAUCUACAGAAAGAGUCUAGAGCAUGUUUGGAAAGGAUUCAAGAGUUGGAGGACUUGCUUGCUAAAGAAAGAGACAACUCUCGUCGCAUGCUGUCUGACAAAGAGAGAGAGAUGGCGGAAAUAAGGGAUCAGAUGCAGCAACAGCUGAAUGAUUAUGAGCAACUUCUUGAUGUUAAGCUAGCCUUGGACAUGGAAAUCAGUGCUUACAGGAAACUCCUAGAAGGCGAAGAAGAGCGAUUGAAGCUCUCGCCAAGCCCUUCUUCCCGUGUGACAGUGUCCCGCGCAUCCUCAAGUCGCAGUGUGCGCACAACUAGAGGAAAGCGGAAGAGAGUUGAUGUGGAAGAAUCCGAGGCCAGCAGUAGUGUCAGCAUCUCUCAUUCAGCUUCAGCCACCGGGAACGUGUGCAUCGAAGAGAUAGAUGUUGAUGGGAAAUUUAUUCGAUUGAAGAAUACUUCUGAACAGGAUCAACCAAUGGGAGGCUGGGAGAUGAUCAGGAAAAUUGGAGACACUUCGGUCAGUUAUAAAUAUACCUCAAGAUAUGUGCUGAAGGCAGGCCAGACUGUUACAAUUUGGGCUGCAAAUGCCGGUGUCACAGCCAGUCCUCCCACUGACCUCAUCUGGAAGAACCAGAAUUCUUGGGGCACUGGUGAAGAUGUGAAGGUUAUAUUGAAAAAUUCUCAGGGAGAGGAGGUUGCACAAAGAAGUACAGUCUUUAAAACAACCAUACCUGAAGAGGAAGAGGAGGAGGAAGAACCAACUGGAGUAGUUGUUGAGGAAGAAAUUUUCCACCAGAAGGGAUCCCCAAGAUCAUCCAAUAAAAGCUGUGCAAUUAUGUGAACUUCUCAAGUCAACUGUCUUCCUCAAGAUAAAGAAGUAUGGUAAUCCUUACCUAUAUACAGUGCAGAGCCUUCUCAGAAGCACAGAAUAUUUUUAUAUUUCCUUUAUGUGAAUUUUUAAGCUGCGAAUCUGAUGGCCUUAAUUUCCUUUUUGACACUGAAAGUUUUGUAAAAGAAAUCAUAUCCAUACAUUUUGUUGCAAGAUGUGAAUUAUUGACACUGUACUAACUGUGUACUGUUUGGUAAGGGUCCCUAAAAUUUUUGGACUUUUUUUUUUAAAAAACAAAAACCGUUUGUGUGUGUGUGUGUUUCUUUCUUUUUUCUUUUAAAGUUCUUAUGAGAAGGGGAGGGGAGGUUAAAUAAACCACUGUGUGUCUGGGCAUAAUUUGAAGAUUGCUCCAUCUAGAUUAGCAAUCUGCUCUUGAUUAUUUUCUGCUAUAAAUAACGGUGCUGUGAGGGAGGGGGAAAGCAUUUUUCAAUAUAUGAACUUUUGUACUGAAUUUUUUUGUAAUAAGCAAUCAAGGUUACAAUUUUUUUAAAAAACGGAAAAGAGAAAUUUUGUAAGAAGGCAAUAUUAACAUGAUCAUCAUGUAAGCACUCUGGAUGAAGGAUUCCACAAAACUUUGUUUUAUGGUCACUUCUCUUAGAUUCUUAAUUUCUAAAGGGAAUCGGGAUGGGGCGGUGGGCUGGGGGGCAGGGCUUCUCUGUUAUAAUGAAUUAGUUGUGUUUUUUAAGAUAGUGUAACAUGCUUAAAUUUCUUAUGUGACAUUAACAAAUAAAAGAAAAGCUGUUUUAAUAUUAA